AUGGCUCCGUCUUUUCUGGAAAUUCCUGAUCUUCCAAUGGAAAUAAUAAUGAAUUACUUGGAUUAUAUUGCAAUCCAAUCCGUUCGCAAAACCUGUUGGGACCUCCGGAACUUUAUUGAUGACAAGACACUGGGAAUCUGCUUAAAACGAAUUGAAAGUCCUCUAUAUAAACUUUUUCAGAACUUUCUUCAAUUCCAUGAGUACGAUAAAGACUUGUUCGCGAUCAAUGCUAUCAGCGAGAACUUGUUCAUUGACGCUUUUGGAGAAGCUUUCGAAACGCCUGAAGAGAUUGAGGAAAAUAGGUUUUUCAAUGUUCCUGGCAAUAAAGAAAAAGUCCUUAAGGUGUAUUACAGAUAUGUAUUGUUUGAGUUCCAGUUUGUAGAAAAAUGUGAGGUUCCAGAAGGAUAUGUGAUUCUCGAUUGA